CAGUGGUUCAUGCUUCUAUACAGCAGAGCAAAGCACACCACACAGUAUAACAGCUUACCAUACAGGAAGGAGAGCAGGUGCCAGCACAGUCUAAACUCCUGGUUAUUUUACUGAUGAGAACAGGAGCGAGUGAGAAAGCAGCUGCUGAGAAAAGCUGACCUGCAGAUCGACGCAGUUGGUGCUCACUCGGAGAAUAUCGGCUGGAUAUGGAUUAUUGGUGCCCCUCUUCGCCGCUUUGGAUUUAGUUAGUCCGUGCGCCCUUCCUUUACGUCUCGUUCCCGGUGAAGUGAGGACGCCGAGAACAGGUGGAUCCUGUUUCUGUGUCAGGCUCAAGCCGGCUUCCACUCACCGUCCACCUUUAUGGGGAACCAGGUGGAAAAACUAACGCAUCUAAAUUACGCAGAGGUGCCAACGUCGGACCCAAAUGGGUUCGACCCGGAAGACGACGGACCGCGGAUUGGCGUGUCUUACAUUUUUUCCAAUGACGACGACGACGAUCAGGACGAGAAUUGUGAUCACUUUCCAGCGGACAACCACCCGGUAAGCCAUGAAGAGAAGCCUUUCGACUCCCAGGACGAGCUGGAGUGCGCGAUUUAUUAUCGGGAGGAGUGCGUCUUCGAGAGAAAAACCGGAGCCGCGACUCAGUCUUCGGAAAGUCUGCUGAACAAGUGCAUACCGGGAGACCUGCUGGAGUUUGUGGCCACUGGACAGUAUCCACACUGGGCUAUUUACGUCGGAGACUUCCAGGUGGUUCAUUUGCAUCGUGCUGAAAUACGGAACAACUUUCUCACCGACGUGAGCCAGGGCAAAAAAGGCCGGAUAGUGAAUAACCUCUACAGGUACCGCGCACUCCCGCCAGAGGUGAUUGUGCGCAACGCACUGGACCACGUUGGGUCAAGAGACAGGGAGCUGUACUGGAGAAACUCGGAGUGUUUUGCAGCCUGGUGCCGCUUUGGCAAACGAGAAUUUAAAAUCGGAGGGGAGAUAAGGAUUGGAAAGCAGCCGUACAGGUUAAAACUACUGUUUUCAGAGAAGAAAAGUCACGUCCUGGAGUUUCAAAGUCUGGAGGACGUGAUCAUGGAAAAGAGGAGGAACGAUCAGAUUGGCAAAGGUGCCGUGAUGCAAGAGCUGGCAAACCAUUUGAAUACAACACAUGAAAUCAAAGAGGAGAAUUUUGUCAACUGAUAGUGGGUGAUCUGGUAUGGAUUUGAUCUUUGGGAUUCCACGGAGAUGCUCCAUGCUCCAUUGAAGCGCUUAGCCCAUGAGUUCGCGUGAAUGUGAACACUCGACCAACAAAUGUGCAUAUUCAGAGGGAGUUCAAGAUGCAUCAUGAAAAUAUUUCUCAUCUACAACAAGAGGAAAGCGCUGACAUCUAUCUCAACUGCUUUAACAAAGAUCACAAGGGCCAACACUAAAUUUCCAUACCUAAAUUUGCAUUGAAAACAAGUAAAAAUGAACACACCCAAGUGGCAGAUAGCCCUCCCUCCUUUAUGAAAGAAAGAAAAAAAAAAAAAAGAGAUUUCAGAAUUGAUCCAAGAUUAAGUGACUUGUUAUGGUGGAUACAUUGGCAUCGGAGCUGCACCUUCAGUCUAAUCAGUUUGGAAUGAAGUCAGAAUUAAACUGCCCAUAUUAUUUUUCUAAUCCAAUAAAGCUUUUGCAGAGAGGAGCAAAACCUGUUCUUUUAGUCCUAACUGACAAGAGUGCUUAAGCUGCUUGCUCCUAUACAACUCAGGUGUUGGAGACCAACCCACAGAGUGGAAGAGAGACCGCUACUCAAUGUUACUGCGUUUCAAGCUGGUGGAUAGCCUUCUGUUGCUUUAUAUCCAAUCAUCACACAGCUUUACCUUCUCUUGGACUACUUUGUGGACACUGUUGAUAGCUAUGACUGGGCACUUUUAUUAAUUCACCUGUUACAACAGUUUAUUUUUUGAAAUAGAAAGAUGUUUGUAUGAAGGAUUAUGGAAAUAAAUAUAUAU